ACUGAAAUCACGGGCGGGAGAAGAUCGAAACAGUUGGGUCGCUUAAACGAAACAAUAACGUUUAGAGUUUAACCUGCUUUAAAUGGUUUUUAAUCGGUGACUUAUUUCUGCAUGACUUGAGUAAAACGUGUGACGUUAAAUUAGGUUUUGUGGUCGAAGAGGACGGAUAAAGACGACCAACAGCAAGGGUAUCGACGAUCGUAAACUUACCGAGGAGAGACGGGAAGUGAUUCAACAGUUUGAAGAUUGUCAUGAAGGGGCAGAAGCGCAAAUUCCCACCAAAGGAUGUGGAAGUUUCAGACAGGAGCAGCCCUUUCUGGGAGAACCAACGCCAGUUUGUGUUAUCAGUUUCUCUGAACAAGUAUCAGCGUGGCCAGGAGCUACCUGACCCCAGUCUACGGCGGUCUGUCCUGAUAGCCAACACACUGCGGCAGGUGAGCCUGGAGGCUUGCACCGCACCCUUUGUGGAUGCUGAGAUGUCACAGCCACCUUGUAGCUCUUCAUCUGCACUCCAGGAGAGUAUUUUCACUGCUGCAGCAAUACAUCACUCUUCAGUGAUGUUUUCUAACAGCCACUCAGCUCUUGCCAGCUGCCCCCAGGAUUGUUCAGAUUACUUCAAAUUAUGUGCUGCAAGUAGUUCUCCAGCAUGCUGCCUCUCGUGUUCUUCAAAUGUCCCUCUGUCUGUAAAUGAAGAUGAGGACUGGGGUUCAAUGUCCAUGGAUCUUGAUUUCUCUCUUUCAGCUGCCAUCUCUUCCAUUCUCACUACACUAGACUCUAACAUUGACAGGAGCCCACAGACAGCUCCGCGGACACCUCUCAGGUCCUUGGAGAACCUGUCGGGGUCCUGUGAGGGAGGUGUGGAAUGGAUGAAACAGGGAGUCAGAGGGUAUGAGGGAAGCUGGGAGCAGUAGGAUGAGUGCAGGACGCAGGAGGGCAGCAUGGAGGCGAUCUGGACCAGCUACCUCAGUGAUGUCACGCAGAGAACUGUUCCAGGAUAUAGACAAGUCACAUGGUGCAGGGGCUCAGAGGGGGUGGAGGUGGACAACCCCUGUCCCUCUCGUUCAACCAGAAUCUUGUUCUUGCCUUAGUGCUCCUGGUUCAGGCCACUUUUUUUCUCUGCCUCUUCCUCACCUUUGAUUAUUUCAGCACCCUUCUCUAAUCAGGAUCAUAUUAGAGAAGAACUUGUCCUGUUUGCCUGAUCAUCAGAAAUUAGUUUCAACAGGAAGUAACCUGAACCCUGUUCACAAAAACUGAAGGCAAAGGGCUGGCUUGUCAAACACAUUGAAUAUUCACUUUGUUAUAUAUUGCUCAAGAAAUUGUGUUUUUGAGCAAUAAGAAUGCUCGAGAAUUUAGAAACGGUUGUUUGAUGUCUAAGACAGAAAAUUCUACAUAAGUAGGAUAGCAAGAGGAGUAGCUGUGAUGCAUCUGGCAGCUUUUUCAGCAACAUGGAGGAUUUGUGUUUUCUUGCAAAAAUGUAGGUCAAGUCAUAGUGAAACGUUUGUAAUGACUGAUCAGUGAAUCAGUACAUAAUGAACUGCUGAAAGGCAUUGUACUCCAGCCUCCAGUGUGACUCAGCUGUUUUAGAACUAAGGAAGGGAGGUGCCUGAUUGAGAGCAGGAUUUUUCCUGCAAAUGAGAAGUUGUCUGGUAAUUGCUGUUGGUUGAGAGAAAAUUUCUUCAGCAUUGUUGCCCUAAAAUUUGUCAAAUGCAUCACAGCUUCAUGUAAUCCUGAAUUCACAUUGAACAACCUGGUUUAUAUGGAGAAAAAAAAAAAGGUAGUCCAGUCAUGUACUGGUGCUGAUUCAUGCAGUGGACUGAAUGUUGGGUGACACAUGGGGUAAAUCCCUUAAAACACAAGUGUAAAAUGUUAAUGUGAUUUCACUGCUGUGGGAAGUAGAACAGCUGAAACACUAAUAGGUUAAAUCUUCUGUGAAGACAUUUUUAGCCCCAUAUUUAUCCAUGAGGGUAUGAUAUCUGAUGCUAAGAGGUCAGGUCAGGAUUUCAAACAGGAAAAUGUGCGUUAUAGUCAUGAAAAAUGUUUGCGUAUUCAUGAUAUCAGGCCAUUUGACCAGAAAAUAUCCUCAAGAAUCAGAAUUUUGUUCAGUUCCAAAAAAAAGGAAAUUUCCACUGUUCAUUAUAUCCCUUAACUUUCAUCUGUUACAAUUCAAUAACGAGUAGUUGGAGGUAUGAAUACAUUUCAUGAAUGUUUCCUGUAUUGGCAGUUAAGAUUGUUACCUCUUGAAUAUUACUCAGUGGAAAAAGCACAACUCUCAAUGCCUCUCAACGAUCGACUUUUAAACUGAAAAGAUUGAAACUGAAAGUAAUUUUCUCUCAGAGACUGUUGGAGCGCCACUUGCUCAGCAAACACACAGUAACACAAGGUUGUUCUCAAAUGGCUUCAUCAACAAUAAACCACAAAGCUCAGAAAGAGUAUUUAAUGUCCUCUAAUAGGCGCUUUUAUUCAAAGAGCCUUUACAGUACUGUGAUUCUAUACAAACGUCCUCGUGGGUGUUAAUGUGACAGAACAGAACUACUGCAGGUGUCACGAAGAAGAACUACUACACAACAGCUUCUGUCACGCUUUGAGGCACAUUGGCUGAUGGAGUCUGAUGGUGCUGUCUGAGCUUAGUGAGGGUCACAUGUUUUGCCUGGUUUACAUCUGAUUUAUUGCACUUUUGUUAAUAUGCAUUUGUAAGUCUCAGUCAUGUGAUCACGUAGUUUGUGUCUUGUCUGUAUCAGUAAGCCGUGGUAACAGCACAGAUGAGAUUUGGUCAAUUUAUUUAAGCUGAGUUCUGUUAAUGCAUGUUAAAGAAAAACUGGGAGGUGUUUUAACUGUAACUUGACCAGCUAUAGAUGUUGAUCCAGUGUUUAAACCAACAUUGCUGAAACGUGUGACAGGAAAUGCUGAGAUAAAUUGUUUGAGAAAGCACAUGAUGCCUGUUUGUCAGGAUUUUGUACUUUUUUUUCUGUUUAGCUGGCGAAGUUGCUUCCUGUGCAAAGAUCCUUUCUGAAUAGCUGAGAUGCAGUCUCAAACUAUUUAUAAAUGGUAUAUUUGUUAACAAGUUGAGUAAUUUAUGUGAUAACAUAUUUGACAAUUCACUAAUGGUAUAUUAAUAUACUGUCAUGGCAUGUAUUUACUUUUAUUUCUGAAAAUAUUUUAAUGCUUAUGUGUUGAAGUUGAGGGCAGAAUGCUCAGAAACUAUGAAUUUAGACUUUUUUUUAAUACAGAUGUCUGUUUAUAUAUACUGGCAUUUUUAAUAAAACUUGAACUUGAUUUGAUUUCCAGUUGGAAUGCA